AUGGAACAAGGACUCAUCAACACUGCCGCUCGAAACCUUAAUGGGAUCACCGCAGAACUCGAAGCGUUAUUACGGAUAUGUUCUCGCGAGAGUGGUCCAGAGGGGAACAAGAUGAGCAAGACAAAGAAGAUAAAAUGGCUUGUAGAGAAAAGCGACAUCAAGAAGCUCCAACAGAGAAUGAAUCAAGCUAAGGAAACUCUUCACUUUGCUCUGAACUCGUCACGCGUGUCCUGCGAUAUUCGAUUCCAGGCAGAAAUGAGACAGAUGAUGAUAAACAUGUAUGCGAUGCAUAUAAGCUCUUCAGGUUCUCCGCAACUACCAGAAGUCAUAGAGAGUCCAGCACCAGUUCAACAACUUCAGGGUGACGACACACCAGAGUUAGAUGCAGUGGCUGUUAACAAUAGCCAUGGCAGCAAUCUAGAACACACGAAUGACUCUGUGCAGAUAAAUUCUAUGAUACCAAAUCAGAGAAUAGUAUCUGGUUCGUAUGCUCUUGGUCAGCGACUUUACUCCGCUUUAGAGGUUCUUCUAGAUGUAUGGAAGAACAUCCUGACAGAGGUUGGUUUACCCAGACGUGCUGCGAUUGCUGCCACCGAAUCACUACAAUACCAUAAACUCGACGACAAACAAACUUAUCUUGUUCAAAAAGUCGUUGAUCUUUGUCGGGAUGUUCCUGAAGUGACAACGACCAAGGUUCACGAGGCGAUCUUGCAAUGCACGGAUCUGCAAGAAGCAUUGCAAGAGCAACCUUGGGCUAUCAACACGAUUGACGACGUUGGAGAAUCCCCUCUUCUUCUUGCAACUUAUGAAAACCAAGUCAGGUCCAUGGAAGUUCUCAUUUCAGCUGGAGCCGAUGUUAAUCAACCAGCGUACAAUGGAUGGACACCUCUCAUGAUCGCAGUCGACGCAGAAAACGUCGAGGCUGUAAAGAUGCUGCUCAUUUCCAAAUCUAACGUUAAUUUGUGCGAAGAGGAAGGCAUGACAGCAUUGCAUCGCGCCUCGAUGAAUGCCAACACCGAGGUCAUCAGCCUUCUGCUCGCGGCAGGAGUAUCUGUAAAGCAGCGAGAUACUUUUGGUAACACGCCACUUCAUUAUCUGGCCGAAUCUGAAAACACCAACCAUCAAGACAUCGAAGCAGCCAUUGAGAUGUUGCUCAUGGCAGGAUCUGACCUCGAGGCACGAAACAACCUCGGGAAUACCCCUUUCCUUCUAUCAGUUUGUCGCGAUAAAUUGGAAGUAACCAGAGCUUUGGCAAAUGCAGGUUGCUCUGUCAAUAUUUCUAGUCACGAUUCUCGAAACGUGCUGCAUGUUGCCGCCAGAAACGCUUCACUAAGACUACUUCAUUAUAUCUCUGACUUGGACCUAUCCGGCAUUGACCCAUAUCAACAAGACUCAUUUGGCGACACACCCUUUGAUCAUCUCGUCAAGUUCUCUCAUAUUACUGACGAAUGGGACUUGGGAAGAGCUCGUAGGCCUAGCCUCGCUGAGCAACAGGCUUUUGUCGAGCUUUAUCAAGGCGUUCGAGAUCAAGCCCUACAGAAUGAUACUCAGAAUCUUGAGCGAGUACUUGUUGCGUUGCAAGAGAAGGAUAUUGCAGUCGCGCGAGAACACCUAGCCUUAUUGGUUGACAAAGAGAAACGGCGGGAGCGUGAAAAUCUGGUUGCUUGGUAUCGAGCUGUCGACAAGCGAAUCAACCACGCGGAAUGGAAAUUGGCAACAGAACAUAUAGAGGAUCAUCUACUAGACUUGCAAGAAGAACUCGCAACCCCAGUUUGGGAGACUCCAUCAGGAUACGGAUACCUAUGGGAAUUUGAUGGUGAGGAAUCAGUCAGUGAAGAGGGAUCUGAAACCUCAGAUGAUUCUAUCCAAUCGGCCGAAGAUGAGGAUGAUGCCCAGGCAGCCUGGGAAUAA